AUAAAAAAUCUAAGAUUGUUUGUAAUUAAUAGUUAAUACUGCCUUGAUAACUUAGCUAAAAAAUUGGCGCAAAUCUGUGCAAAAAAACAAACUUUCCAAUCUGGUUCAGGAGAUAAAUUUUUGUUUGUUGGGCCAAAUUGGCAAUAUACUUGUCAAAAACAAUCCUAUAGGUUCUUCUUUCAAAUCGCUGAAAUGAGGAGUUUGAAUUUAAAUUUUGAUUCAUUUCAAAUAGAUGGUUCAGCGAAGAAGAUGAUAAAAUAUUGACGAGUUUUUCUGAUGUGUCAGAAUCACAACUUUUAUUUAAAUCAAUCAUACCUAGACAGGGUUUUAUUAAGUCUUAACUGCUACCUUAAUGUUUAAACUUCAAACAGUUUAUUUUUAAAAUGUACUUUUCUUUUCACUUUAGAAACAAUUUCCAUUUGUAUUGCGUCUUUGGGUAAAACAUUUUCAAAUAUGCAAUUUUCUGAAGUAAAAUUUCAACAGAAUAAAAAGUAAAAUGUCCCUUCAACUUCAAGAGAUGUGAAAAUAAGCUCAUAUAGAAUUGUACAAUAUUGUUAACCUAAUAUCCAUGUUAUUUUUUGUAUCUUAAAAAAAAAUUUAAACUGGUUUCUGUUUUAUUUUGUAAUACAUGUGCGUUUGUAACUCUUUUUGGGAUUUUGAUUACUGAAUACUGCCAUCUGCCAUAUACAAAAUUUUCCCGAUCUUUUAAACUAAUGGUUAAAUUUUACAGUACCAUAUAUAAGAUUUUUCACUUUUCAGAAUGUUAGUGCAAUAUUAAUGUUGGUCACUGUGUAAUGAUGGAGCAUAGAAAAGCUGGUAUGUCAAUGAAAAAAUAUAAAACCAUUCCAAAUCGAGAUUUUAUCGCCACUACCCCUGAAAGGCCAUCUAGUGCUGAAGUAAUACGUGACGCUAAGCAGUGGUGCGCUCUGCAGGCAAUCCAAACUCGUCGACCUGCGACCCCAAGAGAUGCAAGCAGGUCCUUAUUUGGUGCUUCAGCAGAGGGUACCAGGGGGAAUUCUCGCCCCCCAUCAGCUUUCAGUAUCGGCCCCCAACAUUUUGACCCCACCGAUUCACCGUCAAGACCCAACUCUGGGGCCGUUGCUAAAUCGAAGCUAGCCCCACUUAAUCAUAAACCAAUAGUUCCAUCUAACCCGGAACUUCUCGUUGGUAAAAAAUCCUCCAUGAUUGUGUCCUCGUCUCAGCGAACACCGGGUGACGGUAGCGAGCUGGUUUUAAGAAAAGGAGCAAAACAACAAACCCCUCGAUCACCAGUUAAAGCUGUGCAUGCAGAUCAGAAAGUGAAUAAUUUUGAUGAAAUUGACGACAAAACGCCAUCAAUGCUGAUUCCAAGUCGAUACCAUCCAACCCCACCCCCUGCUAGACCUAAAACUCAAAAAACUGCACAGAAACAAAAGGACAUUGUGAUACCGACGGCACCUGAUGAACAAAGAGCCCCCUCAAGUGGGAGUACUGCAUCUUCUGCAGGAUCUGUUGGAAGAUCAAGCGGAGACAGGCGGAGGCCCUCUCCUGGAUCAGGUGGGGGAAGUGGGGGUCAACGAAACGACGAAUCGGCAGAAGAAGCUUUUUAUUGGAACCAAACUGUUCUGCCAUUGGUGGAAAAAUUAGAAGAAUAUUCACAAGCGAGUGACCCUGAUCAGUUAUGUGAAGUGUGUGGAUCGUUAUAUACAACGCUCUCUCAUGGAUCCUGCUUUGUAAGGAUGUCAUACAGAAGAAGAACUUCUCUCCUUUCCGCUCUCUUCCGUCUUCUGCACAUUAAGUCACAUGAUCUGCAUCUUUUAAGUGCGAGGAUAAUUUUGGAGUUACGAGUUACCAGUAAGAACCUGACAAGUUUGUGCAAGCUCAUGUUUCGUAUAUGUCGAGAUAAACAACACGAUCUGCUGUUCAUGAAGUACAAACUUAUUCUACCAAUGUUGAAUGUGUUUCUUGACGUGAGCGACCCAUUACCAAAGUACGAGGCAUUGGUGUACAUGAGCGGUUCGCUAAAGUUUUUGUCCGAUAACAAGACUGUUGCGGAAGCAUUGCUGAGUCAUGACGCACUCGCCAUUUUCACGCAAUUCAUGAACAACACUAUCGAAGCUACAGUGCUCCACGGGGACAUCAAGCGUCAGAAAUAUGCGUCAGAUUUUUUAGUACAGAUCACGGCUGCGUUCCGAAAUGUAAUGGAUGUUGAUAAGAAAGCUUCCAGAUCUUUAUCCUCCACUUCCACUCUCCUGCGAAUGCUGGAAGUCUUUGGGAGCGAUGGAAACCUGACAUGGAAUAUUUCACGAAUAUUCAGCAAAAUGACAAUGUAUGCUUCUGCCACGCCCACUUUCUUGGCCGAACCUGAUUGGUCGAGAGUCAUUAUGACAUCAUUAUUACGUCAUAGUAAAAGGGCAGAGGUGGUGGUAAGAUUAUGUUUCACUGUCGGCAAUCUUUCUGCUCGAAGCGAGCACGCAAGAGAGGAUUUGUUCUUCCGUUCAUUUUAUGAAGAUGAUGAAAAUCACGACUGCCUCUCUGUAAUGCUUGACGUCAUUGAAGAUUAUAUUGAUGACGUCACAAACGAUGACGUAGCAGAGUCACGUGACAAGUCGCACGCUACCGACGUGGUCGUAAAAGUAAUCCGCGUUAUUGCGAAUUUGUCGCUAGGUGAAAAAGUUGGUCCUCUUGUAGCGGCUGACGAUCGAUGUCUGCAGAUGCUACUGCAUAUUCUAGAAACAACGUCUGUUGAAAAUUCGGAGGAAUUAGUUGUGAAUUCACUCGCGACCUUGAGUAACCUUUCCUUCUAUGACCAUAAACUGGUGAGGGGCGUGUCGGGGGCGGGGAGCGCGGUGACAAACAACAGGCUACAGAUAGCAGUGUGUCUGUCAAAGUUAAUGAUGUUAGAUAACAUGGCGUGUGUCGCUGAAGUUUGCAGAGUAUUUGGCAACCUUACACGAUACAAGGAUGUAAGAGACCUACUGCACCAGCAUAAAGUCGAUUUGAUGAUGGUCGCAUUAUUGGAUUCAUCCGACCGUCAGGUGGCGUACUACGCAUGCGGUAUACUGGUGAACGUGAGCACAGAUGUUGAUAAACGCAACCCCGUCGUACAGGAAGGAGCCUUGCUGAAAUUGAUUGACGUGUUGAAAGACUUUGCACCAACGGAGUGGAGGAUCGGUGGCGUGGUGUGCCAACUCAUAUGGAACUUAAUAUCUGGUGGUCGACAACUUGUAGACGAAUGUCAUGCCGUUGUUGAAAUAUUGAAAGAAUUCCUUGAUUACGAUUCUGUGUGUGCUCGCUGUGACGUCACGUCACGUGAUCAAGAUUCACGUGAUUACCUGCUGGCAUCGUGGUCGGAGGAUUUCGCCGAAUUCGCGAAACCGCUACUGGCUACAAUGACGUCACGGAAGGAAUCCAAUCUGGUUCCGCUCGAUCGCCCAAUCGACAGCGACCAUUCAAGCGUGGAAGGCACGUGAUGAUGACGUCAUCAACAUGUGACGUCACUUCGCUGCCUGUAGAGUUUCGGAUACUCAUAUAUUCCUGGAUUGGUUUCAUGAAAAUGUGUUCCUUGGAUCGUUACGUCGUCAGUAUGACGUCAUCCUCCAUGACGUCACUUAUCUUUUUCUUACCUUAACUUAUCAGAGUGUUAUAAGCGCACUACAGUAUUAAUUAGAUCUGGGUAUAGCCUGGAGUUGGCAGAGAGUUUAUUUUAUGCUUUUUUUUAAUCGUACUUUCAACUAGAACUGUUUAGGAUGUACACCAUCUAACAUAGCGUUAAUAGGGCAUGCUUCGGAAAAAAUGUAAAGAUCUUCCUUUUCUACCCAUUGUAAGUUAGGCGAAAACCGGUAAACCCACUGCUCCGACUUGUUUACUUGGAAACGGACCGCAAAUUUAAAACGGGGUGAAAUGUUAAUGUGGCAGCUCGUCUGUUGCUUGUCAGGCCAAAGCAUCGCCCAGUAGUUUUAUAACCGUUUGUUUAUAACCGCUUGUUUGCCAUAGCUCGGUGCUCGAUCCGUUAUUUUUUACAGAGUUUAUUUUGUACACUAUAUUGUGGUCUCUCUUGCACUGUAAUUUUUUCUACCCGUUUUCAAAGAAAGUUUCGCAAAUUUCAUGGAA